GAAGCAGCUCAAGUCUUGUGUUAGUUGAGAGCGCAGCAACUCAGAGGAGGAGACAAGAAAAGUUUUCGAUUCUCUUCAGUGGUUGUCUGUAAAAUGUCUCGCUCUUCUUUCUGUGGGCAGAGAAGGUUUCUGAAGGUUCACUGAACAACAGCAACAUGGCAACCUCUGAACUUUACUCCAAGCAUGCCCGUGUAUGGCUCCCAGAUGCAACAGAAGUGUGGAAGUCAGCAGAGCUCAUCAAAGACUACACUCCAGGCGCCCUGACGCUGUCUCUGCAGCUGGAGGAUGGCACGAAAGUGGAGCACAAAAUAGACCCCAAAACCAACAAUCUGCCACCUCUAAGAAACCCUAAUAUCCUUGUAGGGGAAAAUGACCUCACAUCUCUCAGCUACCUUCAUGAGCCUGCAGUACUACACAACCUUAAAGUGCGCUUUAUAGACUCCAAGUUGAUUUACACCUACUGUGGAAUUGUCCUGGUUGCCAUCAAUCCUUAUGAGAGCCUUCCAAUCUAUGAGCCUGACAUCAUUCAUGCCUACAGUGGGCAGAACAUGGGGGAUAUGGACCCCCACAUCUUUGCAGUAGCUGAGGAAGCAUACAAACAGAUGGCCAGAGACCAAAGAAAUCAAUCCAUCAUAGUAAGUGGUGAGUCUGGAGCUGGCAAAACAGUUUCUGCUAAGUACGCAAUGCGUUACUUUGCCACAGUCAGCUGCUCCUCUGGGGAGGCCAAUGUAGAGGAGCGAGUUCUUGCAUCCAGUCCCAUCAUGGAGGCCUUUGGGAAUGCUAAGACGACAAGGAAUGACAACAGCAGUCGCUUUGGGAAGUACAUUGAGAUUGGAUUUGACAAGGAGCACUGUAUAACUGGCGCUCACAUGAGAACAUACUUACUGGAAAAAUCUAGAGUUGUGUUUCAGGCUCAUGGAGAAAGAAACUACCAUAUAUUCUACCAGCUGUGCGCAUCCUCAUAUUUACCAGAGUUCAAAGCCUUCAAGUUAGGUUGUGCAGAUGACUUCCACUGCACUAACCAGGGUCAGAGUCCUGUCAUCAGUGGAGUGAAUGAUGCCAAAGAGAUGCGCUGCACCAGGAGAGCUUUCUCACUCUUAGGAGUAGGCGAAAGUGAUCAAAUGGAAAUUUAUCAAAUUCUGUCAGCUAUUCUCCAUCUCAGCAAUGUGGAGGUUAAGGAUCAGUCAGCAGAUAGAUGCAGCAUCUUGCCAGAUGAUGCCCACUUGAUAGUUUUCUGUGAGCUAAUGGGGGUGCCUUGCGCAGAAAUGUCCCAUUGGUUAUGUCACAGGAAACUUAAGACGACUACAGAAACCUUUGUUAAGUCUGUUUCCAAGAUGAAUGCGGUCCAUGGCCGAGAUGCCUUAGCCAAACACAUUUAUGCCAGGCUCGUCGGCUGGAUUGUGAACUGUAUUAACAAUGCCUUAAAGUCUACAGUGAAACAACUCUCAUUCAUUGGUGUGCUUGACAUUUAUGGGUUUGAAACAUUUGAUAACAACAGCUUUGAACAGUUUUGCAUUAAUUAUGCCAAUGAGAAGCUGCAGCAGCAGUUCAACCUGCAUGUCUUCAAACUGGAGCAAGAGGAAUACAUGAAAGAGGAAAUUCCUUGGACCCUGAUUGAUUUCUAUGAUAACCAGCCCUGCAUUAAUCUCAUUGAGGCCAAGCUGGGUGUCUUGGACCUUCUGGAUGAGGAGUGCAGGAUGCCUAAAGGUUGUGACGACACAUGGGCUCAGAAGCUGUACAACACCCUUCUGAAGCAGAAUACUCACUUUGAUAAACCCAGGUUAUCAAAUAGAGCCUUCAUCAUCCACCACUUUGCUGACAAGGUGGAGUAUCAGUGUGUGGGCUUCCUGGAGAAAAACAAGGACACAGUCAAUGAGGAGCAGAUAAAUGUGCUGAAAAAGAGCAAGUUUGAUUUACUGCUGAAGCUGUUUGAGGAUGAUGACAAGGGAACAGGUUUCUCUAACAAACUCACCAGUGGAAGACCUGGGCCGACCCAAAAGGAUAAUAAGAAGACUGUUGGACUGCAGUUUCGACAGUCUCUACAAUUUUUGAUGGACACACUGAAUGCUACAACCCCUCACUAUGUGCGCUGCAUCAAACCAAAUGACCAUAAAGUCCCAUUCACCUUGGACCCUGUGAGGGCUGUGCAGCAGCUUCGGGCAUGUGGCAUCCUGGAAACGAUCCGGAUCUCAGCAGCAGGUUUCCCAUCCAGAUGGACCUAUCAGGAAUUCUUCAGUCGUUACCGUGUCCUCAUGAAGCAAAAGGAUGCACUUCCGGAUAAAAACCAGGCGUGCAAAAAUCUCCUGGGAAAACUUAUAAGGGACCAGGAGAAAUACCAGUUUGGGAAAAACAAAAUCUUCUUCAGGGCUGGUCAAGUGGCCUACUUGGAGAAGCUUCGUUCUGACAAGCUGCGCUUGGCUUGUGUUUGCAUCCAGAAGACUAUCCGCUGCUGGCUGGCCCGCAAAAAGUAUCUGAGGAUGAGACAAUCUGCCGUCACCAUUCAGAAACAUGUACGGGGUCACCAGGCACGCAGUUUUGUCAAAUUUCUUCGGCAAACCAGAGCAGCUGUUGUCAUUCAGCGCAAUAUGCGAAUGUGGGUGAGAAGGAGAAGCUAUAUGCAGCUUCGCUCUGCAGCCAUCACUAUUCAGUGCAUGUGGAGGGUCUACAUGGCAAGAAAGCAGUACUAUAAGUUGAUGUUUGAGAAAAAAGUGGUGGUCAUUCAGAGGUGGGUGAGAGGCUGGCUUGCCAAGCAGCAUUUAAGACGCACCCUGAAAGCCAUCGUCCUGCUGCAGAGCUGUGUGCGUCGCAUGGUGGCCAAGAAAGAGCUCAAAAAGCUGAAAGUAGAGGCACGUUCUGUGGAGCAUUUCAAGAAGCUUAACAUUGGCAUGGAAAACAAGAUUAUGCAGUUGCAGCACAAGAUAAAUGAGCAGCACAAAGAAAACAGAGAGCUCAGUGAGAGGCUGAGUGUUCUGGAGAAGACCCACACUAAUGAGAGAGAUAGACAGAACAGAGAGAUAGAAAACUUACGUAUAUCAGAGCAAGAAGUCAAAGCCAAAGCAGAGAAAGUUCCCUCACUGCUGGAGCAGCUAUCCUUCCUUCAACACGAACUGGAAAUCACCCGCAGAGAGAAAGAGGAGCUACAGGAGCAUGCAAAGAUCUUCAAGGAGCAGACAGAACAGGUGAUCGAUGAGCUUAAUAUGCAGAAAAACUUGUUAAUAAGCAAUAAAGAUGAACUGAACAAGAAAAUCCUCGAACAAGCUCAACAGCUGACAGAGAUUAAAACCAGCUCAGAGAACACCAGACAGCUGGAGAAGGAUUUAAAUGAAGAACGUUCUCGAUACCAAAGCCUGUUGAGUGAACAUCUGCAUCUAGAGGAACGACACCGAGACCUGAAGGAGGAGAUGAGUUUCAACAUUAAUUCAAACAAAUCCAGUCUCAAGAGGACAGACUCCAACUACAGCAGUAACUCAUCUGAGUUUUCUCAGAGCUUAGACUCUACAGAGGGUGAAGCAGAGGACGAGGUAGAGACAACAGCGGACCUGCCCAUCCUUCUCAAGCUCCAGAGAAGAGUAAAGGAACUGGAGCAGGAAAAUCGGUCACUUUGGCGACAGCUGGAUAAAAGAGAAGAAGUGCAGCAACAAAAGGCAAAAGAAGUGGAAGAGCAGAAAACUGUUGGCAGAGCAGAACUGGAUUUGGAAACACUGAAGCGACAAGAACUGGAGUCUGAAAACAAGAAACUGAAGCAGGAUCUAAAUGAGCUGCGCAAGUCUCUGACCAAUGAGAAUAGUGAUGCAGCGCCCCCUGCCCCUGGUUCUUUGCCCUACAACAUCCUACUGGAGCAGCUGAGUUCUUCCAAUGAUGAGCUGGAAAUGCGAAAAGAAGAAGUGCUACUCCUCCGAUCGCACAUGGUUCGCCAAGAGGCUCUUAAACAUAGGGACUCUCUACUUGGAGAAACUGUAAAGUUAAAUCUGAGUGAAAUUCCCUCAUUUCAAGAUGUUGACAGGUCCACUGACAUUCAUACACUGAAUGAAGAUGGAGAGCUCUGGCUUGCCUAUGAAGGUUUGAAGGAGACCAACAGGGUUCUGGAGAGCCAGAUGCAGAAGUUGGAGCAUCAUCACAGUGAGAAGUACAGGAAGCUAGCUGAAGAGAUGAACAAGCUGAGGGAUGAAAAGGAGCAGCAGCAAAAACUGUUAGCUGAGAGCCUCCUCCUGCCUAAAGGUGCUCGAGUGGAGGCAAGCCUGAAGCAUGAGAUCACACGGCUCACCAAAGAGAACCUAGAGCAAAUGGAGCAACAAGAAAAACAGGACAAAGCCAUACGAAAGUUGAAGAAACAACUUAAAUUCUAUAUGAAAAAAGUUGAAGAUUUUGAAGCAAGUGCCCAGCAAACAAAUAGUGCCUCUGUGAUGAGCGCUCCUGUAAGAGCAGUGAAUAUCACCCGCAAGGAGAAGGAGUACCAGGGAAUGUUGCAGUACAAGGAGAGUGAUGCAAGCCGCUUGCUAAAGAAUCUGGUCGUAGAUCUGAAACCUCGUGGUGUCGCUGUCAGCUUCAUUCCGGGUCUUCCGGCCUACAUCAUCUUCAUGUGCCUACGAUAUGCAGACAGUGUGAAUGACGAGAAGAGAGUCAGCACUCUGCUCAAUUCUACCAUCAGCAGCAUCAAAGGAGUCAUAAAGAAGAAGAAUGAUUUUGAAGUGGUGUCGUUCUGGCUGGCCAACUCAUGCAGGUUAAUGAACUGUCUGAAGCAGUACAGUGGGGAUGAGGGCUUUAUGAUGGACAACACCGGGAAGCAGAAUGAGCAUUGCCUGAUUAAUUUUGAAUUGUCAGAGUACCAUCAGCUCUUUGGUGAUCUGGCCAUCCAAAUUUACCGUCAGCUCAUUAAAUGCACAGAGAACAUCCUGCAGCCCCUUAUACUGGCAAGCAUGCUGGAGCACGAGACAAUACAGGGUGUUUUAGGGUCCAAACCGACGGGCUUGAGGAAGAGAAGCACCAGUUUCCCUGAAGAGGCUGUGACUGUAGAGGUCCUCCUUCAGCGACUCAGCUUCUUCCACACCAUCAUGAAUCAGAAUGGAAUGGACCUAGAUCUCAUCAAACAGGUGGUCAAGCAGCAGUUUUACAUCAUCUGUGCGAUCACACUAAAUCACCUGCUGCUGCGGAAGGACAUGUGCUCAUGGAGCAAAGGCCUGCAGAUCAGGUACAAUGUUUGGCAGUUGGAGGAAUGGCUGACUGAGAGGGAGCUGAAAGAUUGUGGUGCAAAGGAGACUCUGGAGCCUCUCAUACAAGCUGCACAGCUUCUACAGAUCAAGAAAAACACUGAAGCAGAUGCCCGAGCAAUCUGCAACAUGUGCAGUGCCCUCACCACAGAACAGAUUGUUAAAAUCUUGACCUUGUACACCCCAGUGAUUGAGUUUGAAGAACGAGUGUCAAACACUUUCAUCACAACUAUUAAAAGCCUUUUGAAAGACAGGACUGAGUCAUCCACCUUAAUGAUGGACGCCAAGAAAAUCUUCUCUGUCACCCUCCCAUUCACACCAUCCUCUGUGGCUCUGGAGACCAUUCAGAUCCCAACCAGCCUUAAUCUGAGUUUCCUCACCCGUGUCUAGAUCAUCUGAUACAAAGUCUGUGCAUCAGUCUGGACAAAAAAAGAGCAACAAUUUUUCAUUAAUGUUUAUAAUAAGAGUAUUUUCCUGACUAGACUAUUGCAAGACACCAGAAACCAACACAAAAUGCAAGUUAUUUAUAUUGAUACUGUUGUGCAAUACAAAGAGUAACAACUAAACUAAACACAAUUUUUUUUUUAAAAAUAGGUUGAAAGUCCUCUCGCACACAUGUUAUGUUGCAAUUGCUUUUUGUGAACACUGGUUCAUUAUGGAAUCUAGAAGAUAAUGUUUAAACUUUGGCAAAAAGUGGGAUAUUUUACACAUUAUUUUGUAAGUUAUGUGUCUGGUUUGUAAAAUCUAUUAAAAAUUCUAGAGACUAGGAACUAAGGUGUUUCUUUGACCUAAGCUAAAAUGUUAAUGUCCAUUUAUUCUUAGUGUUAGAAACGUCUUACAAUUCAGAAAUAGUUUUAGAUCUGUAAUUAUAUAUUUUUUCAGUGACUACUGUAAUUUUAAAGUAUUUAUGUUGGGACAAGCUGGAGGAAUUAAAAAUGCUAUGUAUUUAAUAAGUCUUAAUGUUGGUCAUUUUAAAGACUGGCUUUCCAGUAAGAUGGUUUAAAUUGCUUAAAAGUGGUGCAAUUUUUUAAGUCCUGUAAGAUGCCGAAGUGUAGAAAAAAACAGACAUUUUUAAUAAACAGGGAUCAUCAGCACACCUUUAGUAGACUAGAGAGCUUGACUAAGAAGCAAAUGUUUGUCUCUUGAGAAUUUCAGAACUUGUCCUUAUUUAUUGGUCUCAGUGCACAUGCUAAACAUGUGAACAGGUCUUCAAAUGAAUAAAUGAUUAACCUGCAGCCUUUAAAAAUCCUUGUACCCAGAGAAAGAGUGUAUUUUCUUGUAAAAGCCACUGUGGUGAGCUUAUCCACUGGUCUGUCAUUAUUGCAGGUGCAUUUAUAUUGGGCAUUAGGUUGGCUUAAGGUGAUUUAGCUAGAUUUUCUUUUUAUUUUAUUAUUAUUUUUUUCAUAGUAAGUUUCGGGGGCGGCAAAAAUGUGCUCACAUAUGUUUGCAUCCGGUUUCUUUUGUUGCAAGGAUCCUUGAUCUAGACGAGCACACCACCCAGUUAAGUCAUUGUCAUGAGACGGGAAAAGGGGCGGAGACAGUCAAAAUCCCCACAGGUGCGCAACAAGCUAGCCGGGAAGAGACGAGAAACAGGAAGAUAGUGAGAUGUAGUGUAAAAAAUAAAGGUUUUUAUCAACCGGAUUCAUGAACUUUCGGCUUUGUCAUCCCUGGCGUUCAUAUUACAAUAAAUAAAUAUAACCUUUCAGUCCGUGGUCCAUU